GCGAGAGGGAAGCAAAUUCAUAGUUGUGGUUCACGUUCACAGCGAACAAGACCAGAGGCAACCCUCAGAAGCUCAAGAUUGCGAGUAUCUUCACCAUAUUUUCGCAAUACUCUUGAUUCAAGAGAAUUUACGGACUUCGAUUUUACCGGUGUUUGAAUCCAGAGCGUCUCUUUCGCUUGAGCGGUAACUGAAGUGAUGAAGGCAACUCGCGUGUGAAUUACUACUGGAUACAAUGACGUUUUAGUAGCCUACAUGGAUUUUCCGUCGGUUGUCAUAACUUGACCCCGAUUUUUAUCGGUUUACUACCACACAGUUUAGGGCCAACGUAGUCAUUUGUUCAAGGAAAUGUGAGGACUCGGAUGCAGCUCGAGAAAGAUGUUGACCUGAGGCUGUCCCUAAUUCCUGUUUACAUGAAGUAGUUCAACUAUCCAACGUCCUCAAGACAACGGAAAGGAAACGGACUAAAUUAAUUGUUGGCUACAUUGUAACAUUUCAAGCUGGCAUGUAAUGCCACUUUUUAUUUUCUAUGUCUGCUGAGUAUCCCACAGAGGAACCAAAAGAGGGAACGGCUAAUUAACUUUGAUUUCUGGCACCAUCGAUGAGGACGCACCCAGUGAACUGACGAGUCACACAUAGAAACUCCCCGGUCCCUCCAACCACCAGCCCCCCUCCCCUCCCUCUGUCCCUCUCCCCUCUUCCUGGCCCCUCUCCCCCACCCCAGACCCACCAUGCUGAUCAAGGAGUACCGGAUCCCAAUGCCAAUGAGCGUGGACGAGUACCGCAUCGCCCAGCUCUACAUGAUCCAGAAAAAGAGUCGGGAUGAGACCUGUGGCGAGGGCAGCGGAGUGGAGAUCUUGGAGAACAAGCCGUAUGAGAACGGCCCAGGGGGAAUCGGACAGUACACCCACAAGGUUUACCACAUUGGCAUGCACAUCCCCAGCUGGUUCCGCUCCAUCCUGCCCAAGGCAGCGCUCCGGGUGGAGGAGGAGUCCUGGAACGCCUACCCCUACACCCGCACAAGAUAUACAUGUCCCUUUGUUGAGAAGUUCUCCAUUGACAUUGAGACGUACUACAAGCCAGACACAGGAAACCAGCCCGACGUCUUCAACAUGUCCCCAGCCGAGAAGAGGCUAAGGACUCUGGACCCCAUUGACAUUGUCAAAGAUCCCAUCACUCCACAUGAGUACUUGCAAGAGGAGGACCCUCGGAUCUACAGGUCAGACAAGACCAAGAGAGGGCCUCUGCAGGAGGACUGGAUCGAGGAGUACAACAACAACCCGGGGAAGACGCCCAUCAUGUGUGCUUACAAACUGUGCAAGGUGGAGUUCCGCUACUGGGGCAUGCAGUCCAAGAUUGAACGCUUCAUCCAUGAUGUAGGGCUGAGGAAGGUGAUGGUGCGGGCCCACCGGCAGGCCUGGUGCUGGCAGGACGAGUGGUACGGCCUGACCAUCGAGGACAUCAGGCAGCUGGAGCUGGAGACCCAGUUGGCCCUGGCCCAGAAGAUGGCCCAUUUCAGCCAGGCAGAGGAGGCCACCGAGGCCAAUGGAGCUGUUUCAUCCCCAGACAGGAAUCACGAGGUCAAGGAUACCAUCAACUCUUUAGAAGCUGAAGAGGUUGUCAGUGCAGGGGGCAGGGGAGACACUCUCCAAACAAAACGAGCAGGGCUCACCAAGCAGUGGUCCACCUCCUCCAGAUCCUCCCGCUCAUCCAAGAGAGGAGCGAGCCCGUCACACCACAGCCUCUCUGAAUGGAGGAUGCAAAGCAUUGCACGAGACUCCGAGGACAGCUCAGAGGAGGAGUUCUUUGAUGCUCAUGAGAACUUGUCAGGUGAUGAAGAGGUCUUUCCCAAGGAGAUUGCCAAGUGGAACUCUAACGAACUCAUGGACAAGAUUGAGUCGGCUGAUGCAGAAGACACCCCUGGAGAGCUAUACAAGGACAUGGCAGGGGACUAUGAAAGGGAGGUCGGUGACGAGAGACUAGAUGAGGACCUCUCCUCUCAGCAGUGUCUGCAGCCUUCUAAGAUCCACGUGCUGAUCCUGGUGCUACAUGGAGGCAACAUCCUGGACACAGGAGGAGGGGACCAGACCAGUAAGCAGGGCGAUGUCAACACCAUCAGCACUGCCUUUGACACAGUGAUGCGCGUGCACUAUCCCACCGCGCUGGGACGAAUCGCCAUCCGCCUGGUGCCCUGCCCUGCCAUCUGUGCUGAGGCCUUCUCCUUGGUGUCCAAUCUGAGCCCGUACAGCUAUGAUGAGAGCUGUCUGUCAAGCAGUCAGGACCACAUCCCCCUGGCUGCCCUGCCUCUCCUGGCCACCUCCGCCCCCCAGUACCAGGAGGCUGUGGCCACCGUCAUCAUGAGAGCCAACCAGGUGUAUAACGACUUUAUCAGGUCCCUGGAUGGGACAACCUUCUCUGGCCAGGUGUGCUUGAUUGGGGACUGCGUGGGAGGGAUCUUGGGGUUUGACGCCUUGUGUAUCAGCAACCAGACUAUUGGUGAGAGCCAGAACAGCAGCCGCAGGGGUAGUGUUAUCAGCGUACAGGACCAGGACCUCCUCUCUCCAGGGAUCAUCAUCAACAGUGGGUAUGGCUCUGCCUCUCCCACCCUGGAGAGCAGCCGCCACCUGAGCCGCAGCAACGUUGACAUCCCCCGCUCAGGAGGACCAGAUGACCCCAAGAGACAGCUGCCCCGCAAAACGAGCGACUCCUCCACAUACGAGUUGGACACCAUCAACCACCACCAGGCCUUCCUGACUAGCAUCCACUCCAGUGUUCUGCGGACCGACCCAUGCUCACGCAGGUCCAGUAGCAGCACCUUUCAGGAUGCAGGCUCUCUGGGGAAGUUUGAAUUUGAGGUGGCAGACUUCUUCCUCUUCGGCUCUCCUCUGGGCCUUGUCCUCGCCCUGAGGAAGACUGUCAUUCCUGUGCUGGAUGUGGCCCAGCUGCGCCCUGCCUGCCAGCAGGUCUACAACCUGUUCCACCCAGCCGACCCCUCGGCUUCGCGCCUGGAGCCCCUCCUGGAGAAAAAGUUCCACCUCCUGCCCCCUUUCAAUGUUCCCCGCUACACACGCUUCCCCCUGGGGGACGGCAACUCCGCUCUACUGGUGGAGACAGUCCAGAGUAACCCUCAGCUCCUGCUCGAUACUGGGCCCUCCCUCUCUUUCCGCUGUCAGGAGCCCAUCAGCGAGACCUGCAUCCCUGUGCCGGUGCUAAACUGGCAGGAGGGCUCCCUCAAGGCCACACCUGCUGUUCUGGAGUCGGAUUUUGUUCAGUCUCAUGGUGGUGUCUUCAUGGACAGUUCGUACCCCUCCUCCCCCGUUACGGGCCCCCACUGCCGGGGCCUGCGGAGGGCCAGUGAGGUCAGCGUUGCCAGCCAGGUCUCAGGAAUGGCAGACAGUUACACUGCCACCAACAUAGCCAACAUCGCAGCCCGUUGGUGGGGCACCAAGCGUGUGGACUUUGCCUUGUACUGCCCUGAUGCCCUGACAGCCUUCCCCACAGUGGCACUACCGCACCUCUUUCAUGCAUCCUACUGGGAGUCCACUGAUGUAGUGUCCUUCCUGCUGCGACAGGUUAUGAGACAUGAAAACUCCAGCAUACUGGAGCUGGAUGGUAAGGAGGUGUCAGAGUUCACUCCAUCUAAACCCCGGGAGAAGUGGCUCAGGAAGAGAACCCUCGUCAAGAUCAGGAAUGUGACAGCCAAUCAUCGUGUAAACGAUGCAGUGUUCACAGAAGGUGGGCUGCAGAUCGUGACUGGCCGCUUCAUGUACGGACCUCUGGACAUGGUCACACUGACUGGGGAGAAGGUGGACAUCCACAUCAUGACCCAGCCCCCGUCUGGAGACUGGGUGUACUUUGACACGGAGCUGACUAACGGCAGUGGCCGCGUUUCCUUCAUCAUCCCAGAGAGCAAACGGCUGGGGGUUGGCGUCUAUCCGGUCAAACUGGUGGUCAGGGGGGAUCACACAUUUGCAGACAGCUACCUGACAGUGCUUCCCCAUGGGACAGAGUUUGUUGUGUUCAGUAUAGACGGCUCAUUCGCUGCCAGCGUGUCCAUCAUGGGGAGCGAUCCCAAAGUUCGAGCCGGAGCAGUCGAUGUGGUCAGGCACUGGCAGGACCUGGGCUAUCUGAUCGUCUAUGUGACGGGGCGUCCAGACAUGCAGAAGCAGAGAGUGGUGGCGUGGCUGUCUCAGCAUAACUUCCCCCAUGGCAUCGUCUCCUUCUGUGAUGGCCUGGUCCACGACCCACUCAGACACAAAGCCAACUUCCUCAAGUCACUCAUGGAGGCUCACAUGAAGAUCUUUGCUUGUUACGGUUCUACCAAAGACAUCGCGGUCUACACCUCCAUCGGCCUCUCUCCCUCCCAGAUCUACAUUAUUGGCCGAUCCUCCAAGAAGAUGCAAGCUCAGUGCCAGUUCAUUACAGAGGGCUAUGCGACCCACCUCUCUCAGCUGGAGUACAACCAGCGCUCCCGGCCAGCAAAGACUAGCAGUGCCCGUAUGGUCCUACGGAAAGGCAGCUUUGGUCUGGGUGCAAGCAGCGACUUCCUACGGAAGCGGAACCACCUGCUGCGCACCAUCUCCGCCCAGCCGACCUCCAGCUUGCCCAGCGGCAGCGGCCACAGUAGACCAGAGCGCACACAGAGCCAGUCAGACAGCCACAGCCAGCAUGGCCCUGGACCAGCCCAGCGCAGCAUGAGCAUUACAGCAGGCUGCUGGGGCCGCAGUGGCAGCACCAAGCUGGAGCCUGGGGUGUUCAACCCAAAGUAGGAGGAUGAAAUUGAGCAAGGACAAAGGUGAUGAGGAAAGGGGAAAACUGCAGAAAGAGAAAUUCAAGAAAGGAAGAUUGAGAUGACCAGAGAAUAAUUUAAAGACAAGGGAGAGUGGGAUGCUGGUCGUAGGUUUUCAAAGCUCUAAAUACAGAGACAGGAAGAAGAAUGAAAGAAUACAUGCGGUAAACAUGUCAAUGGAACUUGGGGAAAGCGCAAGGACGCCGUCAUUGGCACCUAUUAAAAAUAAGCUGCAUAAUAUAUAAAUAUCUGAUAAAUGCUAACUCCGGUUCAUAUAGCUGGUAGUAAAGCUAGCCAUAUGGAAAUCGUUGGUGGUAAUUUAAGUAGUUUUUAAGUGUAAUGCUUGGUGACGAUGACAUAAACAUGUAUUGGGGUUGACACCCAUAGAAGCAUUAUACUCCAAAUUAUAAACUGGGUGGUUUGAGACCUGAAUGCUGAUUGGCUAACAGCCUUGUAUAUUUAACCUUUAUUUAACUAGGCAAGUCAGUUAAAGAACAAAUUCUUAUUUACAGUGGGUAAACUGCCUUGUUCAGGGGCAGAACGACAGAUUUUUACCUUGUCAGCUUGGGGAUUCGAACUAGCAACCGUUCGAUUACUGGCCCACUAGGCUACCUGCCACCCCGGUAUAUCAGACUGUAUACCACGGGUAAGACAAAAUAUUUAUU